GGGGUAUCAUAAACUACUACUAGUAGCUAGUCCUCGUUGAUCAUAUCAUGUCGUCGACCAUGGAAGCAAUUUCAGAGGAUGACGAAGUGGAACCUUCUGUCUCGUGGUUUUGCUGCCUGUCCUAUUCUUCUUCCGGCAAAAAUACUACUACUAAGAAUGGAGGAAAUACCGCCAGAGCAAUGCCUGAGGGUCACAAAGAUAAUGGCAGACCAUCCAUGGACAACAGACGGGGACAUUCAGUCUACGUUUCCGCUCGAGAUUUUUUGGGAGAAGACGAGCUGGCCGCUCUCAAGGAAUUUGAAGAAGCCGUUGUCAUGGCCAAUGGAGGGGAUGAAUCCCUCUACUACGAUGCCCUGGAUCAAGAUCACAACAACAACAACCAAUCCGAGGAAAUGCCCUACGCUCCCGCCCAAGUGGCCGAUCCACGCCCGCGAGGAUCACUCUCCAUGGAAGACCCCAAUUCCUUGUUGCUCAAGGAACUCACCAAACCACGGGUCAAUGUGGCAUUGGCCGGGUAUCCGGGAAAUUUAACGCCACAAGAGCUAAACGCGUGUCAACAAUUUCGAGCCGAACUCAAAAAACGAAAACGAGCCAGUCCGGAGGGGAGUAUCUGGGAAGAAGUCGUUCGCAUUUACAAUCCCGUCGAAACCGAGCCAUAUGCACUCUGCCGGUUUUUGAGAGCACGACAAUUCAACGUCGACAAGGUCAUGGACAUGAUUGCCGACACUUUUGAUAUCUGGAGGGAAGCACGGAAGCAUGAUUACUUUCCAGAUCCCAACGAGGCACUAGGGGCGCCCGUCAAUGUGUUGCUGUCGCAAUUGCCCACCUUGUACGCGGGGUGUGCCAAAAAUGGGGCCCCCGUGGCAUAUGCCAAGGCACGGGAUCUCAGUAUCGAAGGCAUUGAAUGUGUGACAGAACUAAGUCGCAUUGAAAAGUAUGCGUGGUUUGCCAUUUUACACAAAUUCAAGGCACAAGUGGCCAGGGCACAACAAAUGAAUCCCAAUGUGGUCAGAUGCGAAGCGAUUCAAGUAGUGGAUUUGAAGGGGCUCAAUGCGUCGGCACUCAACAAACGAACGUUGGAAUGCUUGCAGAAUCUGAUCAACGUCAACAAGUGUUUUCCAGAGGUUCUCAACUCGAUGGUGAUUCUGAAUGCACCACGAUUCUUUACGUUUGCCUGGCGAGUCAUCAAAACCAUGUUGGAUCCACGAACGGCCAGCAAAGUGGUCAUGUUUUCCAGCGAAAAGGAAGGGAUUGAAUGGAUGAUGGAACGCAUCGACAAGAGCGAAUUGUUGUCCGACUAUGGAGGCACGGGAGACUCCUUUGAAGACGUCAUGAACAAACAAAAUGUGGGGAGUGCAGCCAAACGACAAGUUGUCAAGCUGUUUAGUAUUACGCAGCGGACGAAUAAUGCGUCCAUGGCAUUUUCCUUGACGACCGAGGAAACAGCCACGUUUACCGUGUACACCCGAUCGGCAGUGGGUGCCGGGUUUGAGUUAUGGAAGGGCGGGCAAAAAGUGGCCGACGCAUCCGUGGAUGGUUCCAAACUAAGAGGGUCAGAGGGCACUCCCGUGCCAAUUCAGGGCAUCCUCUUUACGGAUGUACAAGGUCCAGGGGAAUUUAGCAUCAAAUCCAAGGGAAAAUCAGGGCAAACAGAUCAUUUCGUGGUGGCUGGUGAAGUGUUCUGA